AUGGGACUGCACAAGCGAGAAAAGAAUGGUCUUCUCUCCUACGAGAACCCAAACUAUCAUAUGGACCCAUCGCGCCUCGAGUCGGCGAUCUACAGCGACCUCUACGAUAUGCACGACGACAAAAGCAUGUCCGACGUGUACGACAGCUACCUCGACAACAGAAGAGUUGAAGACGAGGCGUCUUCUCCAGUCACAAAAGUAAACGAAAAGAACGGCCUCAUCACGCCGCCCCAACAGAAUGGGGGGGAGGAGUCCCCCCCACCAGAGAAGGAGCGGGCGGACCAGGAGGACUCGGAGAAGAGGCACUCAGGUCCCGUGCCCCACUCCGCUGAGGGUCCCAACGAUGAUCUCUACGCCAUCCCGGUGAAAUUGAGGCCCAAGAAGGAACCGCAGCUGCCCCCUGGUUGGGAGAAGCACGAAGAUAACGACGGCCCGUACUACUGGCACAUAAAGAGCGGCACCAUCCAGCGCGAGGUGCCUAUCAUGCCGCCCACGGAUGGGAAAGAGUCCCGCAUCUCGAUGGUGCGCGACUGCUCGGGCCUCUCGGACGCCAAGUACGACAUGGCCGGCUCCGUGGUGAGGAGCACCACCAGUGGUGCCCUGGACAGCGUCGACAACGAGGAGAGGAAGAGGAGGGAGGAGAUAUCCUACAAACGGCGCAGCUUCCCGGCGCGCGGCGAGCUCGAGGGGGGGCGCGCGGUCCGCUUCUUCGUGCGCUCUCUGGGCUGGGUGGAGAUCGGCGAGGCGGAGCUGACCCCUGAACGGUCCAGCCGCGCCGUCAACAAGUGCAUCGUGGACCUCAGCCUCGGCCGCAACGACCUGCUCGACCACGUCGGCAGAUGGGGCGACGGCAAGGACUUAUUUAUGGACCUCGACGACGGGGCGUUGAAGCUGAUCGAUCCCGAGAGUCUGAACACACUUCACACACAGCCCAUACACACCAUACGCGUGUGGGGAGUAGGCAGAGACAACGGCCGGGACUUCGCGUACGUGGCGCGCGACCGGGCGACGCGGCGCCACAUGUGCCACGUGUUCCGCUGCGAGGCGCCGGCGCGCGCCAUCGCGAACGCGCUGCGCGACAUCUGCAAGCGCAUCAUGAUCGAGCGCUCGCUGCAGCCGCCGCCGAGGCCCACCGACCUGCCGGCCGCCAGGCGCCCCCGUCCGCUCUCCGGCGCGUCGUUCCCCACGCCGAUGGAGGAGCCGCGCAAGACGGUGCGCGCGCGCUACCUGGGCAGCGCGGAGGUGCCGCGCGCCACCGGCAUGGACGUGCUCAACGACGCGCUCGAGCGGCUGGCGGCCGCGCGCGCGCCCUCCGCCUGGCGCCCGGUCGCCGUCGCCGUCGCGCCCUCCAUGAUCACCAUCACCGAGGAGGGGGAGACCAGCCCGGUGGUGGAGUGCCGCGUGCGCUACCUGUCCUUCCUGGGGAUAGGGCGCGACGUGCGCCGCUGCGCGUUCAUCGUGCACACCGCCCAGGACCUGUUCGUGGCGCACGCGUUCCACGCGGAGCCCUCGUCCGGCGCCCUCUGCAAGACCAUCGAGGCCGCCUGCAAGCUGCGUUACCAGAAGUGCCUGGACGCGCACGGCGGCGCAGCGGUGGGCGCGCCGACGCCGGGCGAGUCGCGCGCCUCGCUGGGCCAGGCGCUCAAGUCGCUGGUGGGCUCGCUCACCGGCCGCCGCGCCUCC